UCACGUUUCAGAGGAAACGAAACUCAGAGAUUCUCUCUCUUUCUCUCUCUGUCUCGCAGUGUGUGAGUUCAGGAAAAUGGCCAAGGCCAGUAUUUCAGUAGAUCAGGACCAGUUCCUCUGUUCAGUGUGUCUAGAUCUACUGAAGGAUCCAGUGGCGAUCCCCUGUGGUCACAGUUUCUGUAAGGAGUGUAUUAAUGACUGGUGGGAUCAGGAUGAUAAGAGAGGAGUUUAUCGCUGUCCUCAGUGCAGAGACAUUUUCACUCCAAGGCUUGUUCUACGCAGAAACAACAUGCUGGCUGAAGUGGUGGAGAAAUUGAAGAAGAAGACUGAAGUCCAAGCUGCUUCUCCUGCUCACUGUUACGCUGGACCUGGAGAAGUGGAGUGUGAUUUCUGCACCGGGAGAAAACACAAAGCCGUCAAGUCCUGUCUGGUGUGUCUGACUUCCCUUUGUGAAACUCACUUAAAACCUCAUCUUGAAAUUCCUGCUUUAAAAAAGCACAAGUUAGUCGAAGCUUCUGGAAAUCUACAAGAGAAGAUCUGCUCUCAGCAUGAUAAAGUACUGGAGAUCUACUGUCAUACUGACCAAAGCUUCAUCUGUUAUCAGUGUAUGAUGCAUGAACACAGAGGUCAUGACACAGUCGCAGCUGCAGCGGAAAGAACUGAAAAGCAGAGUGAGUUAAAGGAGGAGCAGAUGAAAUCCCAGCAGAGAAUCCAGGAGAAGCAGAAGAAGGUGCAGGAGCUGAAACAGGCUGUGAACACUAUAAAGCGCAGUGCACAGACAGCAGUGGAGGACAGUGAGAGGAUCUUUACUGAGCUGAUCAGCUCCAUAGAGAAAAAGCGCUCGGAGGUGACGGAGCUGAUCAGAGAUCAGGAGAAGGCUGAACUGAGUCGAGCUGAACGACUCCUGGAGCAACUGGAGCAGGAGAUUGCUGAUCUUCAGAGGAGAGUCACUGAGCUGGAGCAGCUUUCACACAAACACGAUCACAUCCAUUUCCUCCAGAGUUUCCAGUCUCUCUGUGUCUCUUCUGGACGUGAGGACUCACCCAGCAUCACUGUCAAUCAACAUCUCUCAUUUGAUGGAGUGAGGAAAUCUCUCUCUGAUCUGAAAAAGAGACUCGAGGAAUUCUGCCAGGAGGAAUUCAUCAAAAUCCCUGAACAUGCUGCAGCAGUUCAGAUGAUUUUACCCUCAGAACCAAAGAGCAGAGAAGAUUUUCUGCACUAUUUCUGUGAUCUGACUCUGGAUCCCAACACAGUAAAUUAUCACCUCAUUCUGUCUGAGAAGAACAGAGUGGUGACGCGCAGUGAGAGAAAGCAGCCGUACUCUGAUCAUCCAGAGAGAUUUGACUCCUACUGUCAGGUGUUGUGUAAGGAGAGAGUGUGUGGACGCUGUUACUGGGAGGUGGAGUGGAGCAGUGAGGAUUAUGUGUACAUAUCAGUCUCAUAUAAAGACAUCAGAAGGAAAGGAGGGGGUAAAGUGUGUUGCUUUGGACUCUACAGUCAGUCCUGGAGUCUGCGGUGUUCUUCUUCUUCUCUCUCUUUCUAUAACAACAGCAUUAAGACUGAUCUCAGAGUUCCAUCCCCCUCCAGAAUAGGAGUGUAUGUGGAUCACAGUGCAGGAACUCUGUCCUUCUACAGCGUCUCUGACACGAUGAAGCUCCUCCACAGAGUCCACACCACAUUCACUCAGACUCUAUACGCUGGGUUCAGGCUGUAUUCUCCUGGAUCAACUGUGAGAUUGUGUGAUCCAAAAUAAAAUAUUUAAUGAUUUGUCGUUUUUAAAAUUAAGAUGAACAGCUUUACUUUUAUAUAGAGUUUUUAAGUCCAAUAAAGAUGGAACAUGAGGAAAGUCUUUUACAGACCCUCCAGGAUUUCGCAUUGUUGCGAUUUGCAACUUCAACGCAAAUUCAACCAAUCCCCGCAAAUUCAGGGCGGGGCUGCAAUUAUAUCCAAUCACCGCAACGUUCCCACAAAUUUGACCAAUCGUUGGCGUCGUCUUGAGGUGACGUGCACAGUGUUGCCAGAUUGGGAGGUUUUAAGUGAGUUUUGGCGGGUUUUGAACAUAUUUUGGGCUGGAAACCGUCAGCAACGCUGUGUGAGUCAGUGUUUAUAUAGGCUUAAAUUCUGUUACUGAAAGUGUGUUAUGUUUACAGUGAAGGACUGUGUGCACUUGACAUUAUUUUUUUACUUAAUACAAGAAAUUAAUGGAUGCCAGCAUUUUUGCCAAAAUGGUAUUUUAUUUUCCAUUGUUUAGGCAGCUUCAGCAUCAUACUGUGAGAUUCUGUUCAAAUUGUUUUUUUUUUUCUUCUAUGAAGC